UAUAAAAAAAUAUGUGCAAUUGAGAAUCAAAAUACCGGUACCAUCAAUUGUCCACAGUAACAACGAUCUAUGGUUAUUUCCCAGUAACUCGUUAUGAAUGCAUGGAAUGGCCUCCACUAAAGGACCCCUCGCUCUGCUUGGGCUCAGCGCGGCCGGGCCAUCUAGCCUGGCGGGGGAAGCCGAAAUAAACUUACAGCUGCGAGACGUUUGCGGUUUUAAAUGAUUGAUUAAUUGUGAAGCCAUUGCAGGUUAAUCCAAAUGAUUUGGUCCCGGCAUGGGGGACAUGAAGACCCCAGAUUUCGAUGACCUAUUGGCAGCAUUUGACAUUCCUGACAUCGAUGCUAAAGAGGCCAUCCAGUCUGCUGAUGAGGCUGACGGGCCAGGCGGUGCACCUCUGGGAAAGCCGGACGGUGGGGUUGGUGUAGGGCCUUCUCUGAGACCACCUAGCCCCACGGACCCCCAGGCUGACACCCCUAUUGUCAGUGUUAUCGUAAAGAACUGUGUACGACCUGACAUCGAUGGAGGGGAUGAGGACACAGACCAGAACACUAUGGACAGCAUUGCCGGGGUCGCUAUGGGUCCACGGCUCGGUGUCUGUGCCCCAGGCAUGGUGGAAUCUGAACCACUCAAUCACAAUGGAUUUGGGGCUGCUGGUAUAACUACUCCCCUAACCCAGGCUCAGGCCCAAUCUAAUGGGGAGCCGUGGUCAGUGUCUACCCCCAAAACAGAGGGAGGAGGAGGCGUUGCUGGAUCAACUAAAUCGGUCAAGCAGGUUGGCAAUAUAUUCAACAGACUGAAGCCUCUUAUGGCGCAAGGGUCGGGAGACCCUGUAGGGAGGGCGAGGAAGAUGCAGCUCCUACAGCAGCAGCACACACGAAAAGAGGCAGGCAAAGAGGCUUCGUUAUCCUCCUCUUCAUCUGUUGUGUCUGCGUCUCUUGUCUCAGGCGUGUCAGUAGGACUGUCCUCUCCUUUCUUCCCACCUUCCAAGCCUCUGCUCCCGUCCCCGUCACCCGCCCUCUCCUCACACCCGUUGCACUCAUCUCCGCCGUUUAACGGGGCACCUAAAGCCAGCUCGGCAUUGUGUCCCAGAGACUCAGAGGGGGAUGAUUCUGAUCCGGACCUAGGGCCCCCGCUGCUGAUCCAGGAACCCUCUGACUCCCCCUCCCGCACCCCUCCCAAACUGACCCGUCGUUUUAGGUCCUCUGCUGGCCGCACUGACUCCACCCAUCCCAUGGCCUCAUUGGCAGCUCAUCCCAAACCAGGGGACACUCCCUCGGGCUGUAGAGUGACCUCAUCAACCGCCCAGUCAGGCUCCACCAAGAGUCUACCACAGGAAGACAAACACCCAGAGCAUGUUAUAGAAGAGCGAGACUCACCUGAAAGUCCUGAGCCAGAGAUACCCAUAUCGGCAGCACCAGUAACCGCCAAGAGGUGCUCCAGCCCUGCAGUAGCCUCCACACCGCCCCCCUCAGACCUUCAGGAGCCUAAGGAGGAGGAGGAGGAGAUGGAGGUGGGAAAUGGAAUAGAGAAGGCUAUGGAUGGCAAGGAGGAAGAGGGUGCAAUUGGAGAGGAAGAGGGUACAAGAACAGGAGAGGAGAAAAUGGAGGUGAGUGAUGGCAAGUCUACGCCUCCAACCACUGAAGGUUGCACCUCAACUCCAGGAGGGCCUGCUGCUCCUGUCCGGCCCCUCAAAGUGCGGAUAAAGACCAUCAAAACCUCCACUGGUGGAAUCACCAGAACUGUUACCAGGGUCGCACCCAAAGCAGGUGCUGCUGGAGCAAAGGGUUUGGAUCCCAGCAAAGCUCCACCAGUGGUGCGGAAGACCCCAGUCAACAGGGCCUGGAAACCUGACACUCCCUCUGGUCGUAUGGCAGCCUCCCAGCCACAGAAUUCAAAGAGCCUCAACACACUACCCGUGUCUACACUAGCAGCCAGUAGUGCUAUGCUAGCAGCUGCAACCAAGGCUCAGAACAAGAUGGCUGCCUCCUCGGACAAGGCCAAGGUAUCUGCCACUGCUGUUAGCAUCACUAAAUCUGCCGCCCUGCCUGCCACUCCCUCGGUUGCCUCCUCUCCGAAGUUCUCAGUAGCCACUGGUGGGAUGAGCGUACGUCCUGUUGGUGCUAAAACGUCUAACGGAGGCAGCGCCAGCGUCCUAGCCGGCACUCACCAGCCAAACAAGCCUGCCUCCAUUGUGAACAGCACGGGCGCCGUCAUUUCCCGCAGCCAGUCUAGCCUGGUGGAGGCCUUCAACAAGAUCCUCAACAGCAAGAACCUGCUGCCCAGUUAUAAGCCUGACCUCUCGGCGGCUCCGCCCCCAGAGUGGGGGCUCCCUCUGCCUGCCAUGGGCUACCGCUGUCUAGAAUGUGGCGAUGCCUUCGCCCUGGAGCGGAGCCUGGCCCGCCACUAUGACAGGCGCUCGCUGCGCAUCGAGGUGACCUGCAACCACUGUGCCAAGCGGCUGGCCUUUUUCAACAAGUGCAGCCUGCUGCUCCACGCCAGGGAGCAUAAGGAACGAGGGCUGAUAAUGCAGUGCUCUCACCUCGUCAUGAGGCCCGUCACCGUGGAGCAGAUGAUUGGCCAGCAGGACACCACACCCAUCGGCAUGUGUUCCCCUUCAAUCUCCUCUCCUCCUCCAGUCUCCUCCCCCUCCACCAUGUCCGGAGCCCCCGCCGUGUCAUCCAGUUCCAGCCCACUGAAGGACACACAGUCUCAAUCUGCAGCCCAGCUGAGACCGGUCCGCCGUGUGCCCCAGAUCCCCCAGGUGCUGAUGCCCCUCCCCAGCAAGAAGGGAGAGGUGCUGCAGUACCACAACUUCAAGUGUCCCGAGUGCCAGGCCCAGUUCUCUGGCAAGGCCGAGCUGGUCGCCCACUUCCAGCAGAUCAGAGCUACCCCCAACUCGACCUGUAUGCUGUGCGCCCCUCCCAUGAUGCUGCCUAACUGGUGCAGUGUGUCGGCUCACCAGAGGAUUCAUAAGCACCGGGCACCCCACGUCUGUCCAGAGUGUGGGGGCAUCGCCCGGCAGGCCAGCUUCCAGACCCACCUGGAGGAGGCCUGUCUGCACUUCGCCCGCCGCAUCGGAUACAGGUGCUCCAGUUGCCAGGUGGUCUUCGGGGGUCUGAACUCCAUCAAGUCCCACAUCCAGACGGCCCACUGCGAGGUGUUCCACAAGUGCCCCAGCUGCCCUAUGGCCUUCAAGUCUGCCCCUAGUGCACAGGGACACAUCAGCACCCAGCACCCCACCCUCACCGGGGGACAGGCCAAAUUGAUCUACAAGUGUGUGAUGUGUGAUACAGUUUUUACCCAGAAACCCUUACUGUACAUGCAUUUCGACACCCACCUGGCCAAGCAAAAAGUGCAUGUGUUCAAGUGUCCUGACUGCACCAAACUCUACGCGCAGAAAGGUUCCAUGAUGGAACACAUAAAGACUGCUCACAGAAGGCUGUCAGUCAAACAGGAGGGCCAAUCCAAUGCCUCUGCCCCUGCCCCCACCAACCCCUCAGCCCCCUCCCUCCCAAAAUCCAAGCCCUCUGCAAAAAAGGACAACUCAGAUGGGGAGGACUGGGGCCGAGACCAAGAGGAGGAGGAGGAGGAAGGAGAGGAAGAGGGGGGUGAGGACUAUGAGGAACCUGAGAAUCAGUCUAGUUCUAUGGAGGUAGACAGCCAUCGUGGGACCAUCUCAGAAUGGAGCUGCCAGCAAUGUCAGAAGACCUUCACACAGAGUGACGACUACAUCUCUCACAUGAAGACAGAGCACGGAAAGGCUACGAAGAAGUUCCCGUGUUGUGUGUGUGAGAGCUCCUUCUCCACCUCUUCCAGCCUGCGGCGCCAUGUACGCGUCAUCCACGAGGGCAACAAGAGAGUCUUCCACUGCCAAUAUUGCACAGAGGGCAAGCGGACCUUCAGCAGUCGGCUCAUACUAGAGAAGCAUAUCCAGGUCCAUCAUCACAGAGUCAGAGCCACUGACGGACAGACCAGGAAGCGUUCAGUCCCGGGUAAGGGCCCAGGCAGCUCAUCUGAACUUGACGGAGAGGGGGGGCCACCAGGGGACGAGGAAGGGGGCGGCACGGACAGCAGAGAGGCCACAGAGGGGGGCGAGGAGGGCAGCAUUCCCGUGAAGAAAACACGAGCGUUGGCGCUUCCCGAGCCCGAGGAGGACGACAACGUGUUCCGCUGCGUGCCGUGCGGCUUCGCCACGGAGGACGGCGCCGAGUUCCAGCGCCACAUCCCGCAGCAUCGCGCCGACGCCGCCUCCUUCCAGUGCCUGCAGUGUGGCGUGUGCUUCGCCUCAGCUGGCUCCCUGGGACGCCACCGUUUCAUCACCCACCACGUGAGAGAUCCCCAAGGGGAGUCCAACCACAGGCCACCCCGCACCCCCUCCUCCCCGGACGGCUUACCCUCAUCCCCACAGGACGGAGAGGACGGUAAGGGGAAAAUGAGCUGCAGGGUGUGCAGCCGGCGCUUCGACAGGGCCUCCGACCUUAACACCCACUUAAGGACCCACGGCAUGGCCUUCAUUACCGCCCACAAGACGGACAAGCCCCAGUAGGGUGAAGUUGCCCCUAGAUGCUGAUCCUGGGUCAGUUUUGCAUUUACCCCACUAAUGGUUAGGAUUGGGGGAGAAGAAGCAGAUCCUAGAUCUGUAACUCGGGGAAACUUCACUCCAGAGCCGGACAAGCCCCAGUAUGAAAAGGAGGGGUGAGGAGUGACGGACAGGCCUGGGAGAUGAGGGGUUUUGACUUGGAAUCAUUUUAGGGGAACUGAAUGUGGAUAGAUGAGAGCUGACCUAGAUGUACUUCUGAGCCACUUGAACUUGCCAGAGUGUUUCUUUGUCACACUCGCAUGCUGAUCAUCAUACUGAGCAGUGGACUGGACACGCAUGAGGAUGGGAGUUCUGAGGGUCAAGACCACCUGAUCAUAGCAUUGACAUCAGCCAUAUGUGUCCAACUUUUUUCCAUGAUUGUGUAUGUUUUUCUGCCAUUUAAUAUGGUUUGUCUAUCUUAAUGUGAACCAUACUAUCAUUUCUACAUGCACUUCCUUCUGUAUUUUCUUACUCAUUUCCUUUUCCGAGCUAUGCGUCACGAAAGGUAUUCUGUCUUGCAUUACAUCGUUAAACUUGCAUCUACACCAACCCACUGUACAAAGAAAGCACUCUUGUUGGUCAUAGAUCAGUUUCUAUGGGUCCACCUCUUUAGUGAGGGUUUGAUAAAACUGUUCUCAAAUCAGUGUCCAAUUUUAAAUUGGUAUCUGAAGCAAAAAAAUAGUAUUGAGAGUAACACUGAUUUUAUGUACUAAUGACAUUGUUCUAUUUAUUUAUAUGAAACACAUUGUCGUCGUUGUUUGUGAGUCAUUUGCAGCCAAUCUUAUAGCAAGAUUCAAUGGUAAAGGGAACUUGAAAUGUAUGACACAGACAGGUAGGUGAGAUUUAUUUCUCUAUUUGAUACGCUGAACAAAAAUAUGAACGCAACAUAUAAAGUGUUGGUCCCAUGUGUCAUGAACUGAAAUAAAAUAUCCCAGAAAUGUUCGAUGCACAAAAAGCUUCUCUCAAAUUUUGUGCACAAAUUUGUUUUAAUCGCUUUUAGUGAGCGUUGCUCCUUUGCCAAGAUAAUCCACCAAACAGGUGUGGCAUAAUCAAGAAGCUAAUUAAACAGCAUACUCAUUACACAGGUGCACCUUGUACUGGGGACAAUAAAAGGCCACUAAAAUGUGCAAUUUUGUCACACACAAUGCCAGAUGUUUUGAGGGAGUGUGCAAUUGGCAUGCUGACUGCAGCAAUGUUCAGCAGAGCUGUUGCCAGAGAAUUUCAUGUUAAUUUCUCUAUCAUAAGCUGCCUCCGUCGUUUUUGAGAAUUUGGCAAGUACGGCCUCACAACCACGCCAGCCCAGGACCUCAACACAAACUGUCAGAAACCAUCUCAGGGAAGCUAAUCUGCGUGCUCAUCGUCUUCACCUGACUGCAGUUUGGUGUCAACCGUGUCAGUUGGCAAAUGCUCACCUUCGAAGGCCACUGGCACGCUGGAGAAGUUCUCUUCACGGAUGAAUCCCAGUUUAAACUAUACUAGGCAGAUGGUGUUGUGUGGAUGAGUGAUUUGCUGAUGUCAACAGAGUGCCCCGUGGUGGUGGAGUUAUGGUAUGGGCAGGUAUAAGCUACGGACAACGAACACAACAUUUUAUCAAUGACAAUUUGAGCGCACAAAGAUAUUGUGUUGCGAUCCUGAGGCCCACCAUGCCAUUCAUCCGCCGCCAUCACCUCAUGUUUCAGCAUGAUAAAGCAACACCCCAUGUCUUAAGGAUCUGUACACAAUUCCUGGAAGCUCAAUGUCCCAGUUCUUUCAUGGCCUGCAUUCUCCAGUCGCCCAUUGAGCAUGUUUGGGAUCGACAUGUACAACAGCGUGCUCCAGUUGCCGCCAAUAUCGCACAGCCAUUGAAGAGUGGGACAACAUUCCACAGGCAACAAACAGCCUGAUGUGUCACGCUGCAUGAGGUCACACCAGAUACUGACUGGUUUUCAGAUCCACGGCCCUACCUUUUUAUUAAGGUAUGUAACCUACACAUGCAUAUUGGUAUUCCCAGUCAUGAAAUCCAUAGAUUAGGGCCAAAUGUAUUUAUUUAUAUUGACCGAUUGCCUUAUAUGAAGUGGAAAAUCUUUAAAAUUGUUGCGUUUAUAUAUUAGUUCAGUGUAGAUUAUUGUAACCCGUCUUGUUUCGAGUGGUACAUUGUCAUCAAUCUUCUAGCCAAGAUAAGUGAGUUCCAAGAUUUUACCAGUGGUGGACAUGGGUAUAUGUUGCACGGAACAUAUCAUGCACGAAAUGAAAGCGUUCGUGUUUUGUUACAAAAAUGUGAAUUUAAGUAUAGUAUUUGUACUCAAAUGUUUUGUUCUUCAACCAAUUUGAAACAAAAAAAACUGGAUUUUUAUGGGAGGUGGGCUAGCUAUAGAUUGUCACUCACAACUAAGCAGAGGGAGAGUGCGAGGGGUUGUAAUUGUGUUUUAAUGUGUAUGGACAUUUCUCUGAAUUGUUUUCUAACUGCAGAAUCAGUGCUUGACCUAUUUAUUUUCCUUUUUAUUUUGUCACCUGCUAUGAAACACUGUAUAUGUGUGUAUAUAUAUAUAUAUACCGUGCAUUCGGAAAGUAUUCAGACCCCUUCCCUUUUUCCACAUUUUAUGUUUAGCCUUAUUCUAAAAUGGAUUAAAUAAAACAUUUUCCUCAAUGUACACACAAUAUCCCAUAAUUACAAAGCGAAAACAGGUUUUUAGCAAAUUUACUAAAAUUAAAACAUACCUUAUUUACAUAAGUAUUUAGACGCUUUACUAUGAGACUCGAAAUUGAGCUCAGGUGCAUCCUGUUACUACAACUUGGAGUCCACCUGUGGUAAAUUAAAUUGAUUGGACAUGAUUAGGAAAGGAAUACCUGUCUAUAUAAGGUACCACAGUUGACAGUGCAUGUCAGAGCACAAACCAAUGAGGUCGAAUAAAUUAUCCGUAGAGGUUCGAGACAAAUUUGGGGAGGGGUAACAAAACAUUUCUGCAGCAUUUUAACCACCAAGACUCUUCCUAGAGCUGGCCGUCCGGCCAAACUGAGCAACCGCAGGAGAAGGGCUUUGGUCAGGGAGGUGACCAAGAACCUGAUGGUCACUGACAAAAGAUCCAGAGUUCCUCUGUGGAGAUGGUAGGACAACCAUCUCUGCAGCACUCAACCAAUCAGGCCUUUAUGGUAGAGCGGCCAGACGGACGCCACUCCUCAGUAAAAAGCACAUAACAGCCCGCUUGGAGUUUCCCUAAAGGCUCCUAAUGUACUCUCAGACCAUAAGAAACAACAUUCUCUGGUCUGAUGAAACCAAGAUUGAACUCUUUGGCCUGAAUGCCAAGCGUCAGGUCUGGAGGAAACCUGGCACCAUCCCUAUGGUGAAGCUUGGUGGUGGCAGCAUCAUGCUGUGGGGUUGUUUUACAGUGGCACGGACUGGGAGACUAGUCAGGAUCGAGGAAAAGAUGUACAGAGGUCCUUGAUGAAAACCUGCUGCGGAGUACUCAGGACCUCAGACUGGGAUGAAGGUUCCCCUUCCAACAGGACAAUGACCCUAAGCACACAGCCGAGACAACACAGGAGGGGCUUCGGGACAAGUCUCAAUGUCUAGGGUGGCCCUGUCAGAGCCCAGACUUGAACCCGAUCGAACAUCUCUGGAGAAACUUGAAAAUGUGUGCAGCGAGGCUCCCCAUCCAACCUGACAGCUCUUGAUAGGAUCUGCAGAGAAUAAUGGGAAACUCCCCAUACGGAAAGGGAGCCACUGGGAGUGGUGAGUUCGUCAUCCUGUUUGCCCAAAUACUGGUGUGCCAAGCUUGUAGCAUCAUACCCAAGAAGACACGAGGCUGUAAUCACUGCCAAAGGUGCUUCAACAAAGUACUGAGUAAUGGGUCUGAAUACUUAUGUAAAUGUAAUUUAAGUUUAUUUGUCAUUAUGGGGUAUUGUGUGUAGAUUUGAAGGGGAAAAAAACUAUUACAUUUUAGAAUAAGGAUGUAACGUAACAAAGUCAAGGGGACUGAAUACUUUCCGAAUGCACUGUAUAUACAGUACCAGUCAAGUUUGGACACACCUACUCAUUCCAGGGUUUUUCUUUUACUAUUUUCUACAUUGUAGAAUAAUAGUGAAGACAAACUAUGAAAUAACACAUAUGGAAUAAUGUAGUAAACCAAAAAGUGUUAAACAAAUCACAAUAUAUUUGAUUCUUCAAAGUAGCCUCCCUUUGCCUUGAUGACAGCUUUGCACCCUGUUGGUAUUCUCUCAACCAGCUUCACCUGGAAUGCUUUUCCAACAGUCUUGAAGGAGUUCCCACAUAGGCUGAGCACUUGUUGGCUGUUUUUCCUUCACUCUGCGGUUCAACUCAUCCCAAACCUUCUUAUUGGGUCGAGGUUGGGUGAUUGUGGAAGCCAGUUCAACUGAUGCAGCACUCCCAUCACUCUCCUUCUUGGCCAAAUAGCCCUUACACAUCCUGGAGGUGUGUUAGGUCAUUGUCCUGUUGAAAAACAAAUUAUAGUCCCACUAAGCGCAAACCAGGUGGGAUGGCGUAUCGCUGCAGAAUGCUGUGGUAGCCAUGCUGGUUAAGUGUGCCUUGAAUUCUAAAUAAAUCACAGUGUCACCAGCAAAGCACCCCCACACCAUCACCACAACUCCUCCAUGCUUCACGGUGAGAACCACACAUGCGGGGAUCCUCCGUUCACCUACUCUGCGUCACAAAGACACUGAGUUGGAACCAAAAAUCUCAAAUUUGGACUCAUCCGACCAAAGGACAGAUUUCCACCGGUCUAAUGUCCAUUGCUCGUAUUUCUUGACCCAAGCAAGUCUCUUCUUCUUAUUGGUGUCCUUUAGUAGUGGUUUCUUUGCAGCAAUUCGACCAUGAAGGUCUGGUUCACCGAGUCUCCUCUGAACAGUUGAUGUUGAGAUGUGUCUGUUACUCUAAUGAACUUAUCUUCAAAUCAAAUUUUAUUGGUAACAUACAUGUUUAGCAGAUGUUAUUGCGGGUGUAGUGAAAUCCUUGUUGCUAGCUCUAACAGUGUAGUAAUACCUAACAAGUAAUAUCUAACUGAAGCAUUUAUUUGGGCUGCAAUUUCUGAGGCUGGUUACUCUAAUGAACUUAUCCUCUGCGGCAGAGGUAACUCUGGGUCUUCCUUUCCUGUGCCGGUACUCAUGAGCCAGUUUCAUCAUAGCGCUUGAUGGUUUUUGCAACUUCACUUGAAGAAACUUUCAAAUAAAUUUUCCACGUUGACUCUCCAUGUCUUAAAGUAAUGAUGGACUGUCAUUUCUCUUUGCUUAUUUGAGCUGUUCUUGCCAAUAUGGACUUAUCCCUAUUUGGUAAAAGUCCAUCUUCUGUAUACCACCCCUACCUUGUCACAAAUGCAUUGAGGAAAGAAAUUCCACAAAUUAACUUUUAACACCUCCAGGUGACUACCUCAUGAAGCUGGUUGAGAGAAUACCAAGAGUGUGCAAAGCUGUUAUCAAGAAGAAUUGCAAAUAUAUUUUGAUUUGUUUGACAAUUUUUGGGUUACUACAUGAUUCCAUAUGGGUUAUUUCAUACAGUAGUUUUGAUAUCUUCACUAUUAUUCUACAAUGUAGAAAAUAGUAGGUGUCAACUUUUGACUGGUACUGUAUUCGUAAAGUAUUCAGACCCCUUGAUUUUUCUACAUUUUGUUACGAUCUAGCCGUAUUCUAAAAUGUAUUACAUAGUUUUUUUCUUUAUCAAUCUACACACAAUAACCCAUAAUGAAAAAUUUAAAAGUUUUUUUUUUUUAUGUAAGCAAAUGUAUAAAAAAAUAACUCACAUUUACUUAAGUAUUCCAACCCUUUACUCGGUUCUUUGUUGAAGCACCUUUGGCAGUGAUUACAGCCUCAAGUAUUCUUGGCACACCUGUAUUUAGCCCGGGUAGGCCGUCAUUGUAAAAUAAGAAUUUGUUCUUAACUGACUUACCUAGUCAAAUAUAGGUUAAAUAAAAUAUAUAUAUAUUUUAGCGAGUUUCUCCCAUUUUUCUCUGCAGAUCCUCAAGGUCUGUCGGGUUGGAUGGGGAUCGUCGCUGCACAGCUAUUUCCAGGUCUCUCCAGAGAUGUUCGAUCGGGUUCAGUCCAGGCUCUGGCUGGGCCACUCAAGGACAUUCAGAGACUUGUCCCGAAGCCACUCCUGCACUGUCUUGGCUGUGUGCUUAGGGUUGUUGUCCUGUUGGAAGGUGAACCUCCAGGUUUUCAUCAAGGAUCUCUGUACUUUGCUCUGGUCAUCUUUCCCUUGAUCCUGACUAGUCUCCUAGUCCCUGCCGCUAGAAAACGCCACCACCGUGCUUCACCGUAGGGAUGGUUGCAGGUUUCCUUCAGAUGUGACACUUGGCAUUCAGACCGCAGAGUUCAAUCUUGGUUUCAUAACACCACAGCAUUUUGUUUCUCAUGGUCAGUACUUUAGGUUCCUUUUGGCAAACUCCAAGCCGGCUGUCAUGUGCCUUUUACUGAGUCGCCGCUUCCAUCUGGCUACUACCAUAAAGCCCUGAUUGGUGGGGUGCUGCAGAGAUGUUUGACCUUCUGGAAGGUUCUCCCAUUUCCACAGAGGAACUCUGGAGCUCUGUCAGAGUGACCACCGGGUUCUUGGUCACCUCCCCGACCAAGGCUCUACGGACAAUUCAUUCCAUGGCUUGGUUUUUGCUCUGACAUGCACUGUCAACUGUGGGACCUUUGAUAUAGACAGGUGUGUUCCUUUCCAAAUCACGUCCAAUCAAUUUAAUUGACCACAGGUGGACUCCCAAGUUAUAGAAACAUCUCAAGGAUGAUCAUUGGAAACAGGAUGCACCUGAGCUCAAUUUCGAGUCUCAUAGCAAAGGGUCUGAAUACUUGUGUAACUAAGGUAUGUUUAUUUUUUAUAUAUAUUCGCAAAAAUGUCUGUAGAUUGAGGAAUAGUUUUUAUUUCAUCCAUUUUAGAAUAAGGCUGUAACAUAAAAUGUGGAAACAGGGAAGGGGUCUGAAUACGUUCCAAAGGUACUAUAGAUAAAUAAUGAUUCCGCUUUUAUUUUCCAUCUGUAUUGUGGUCUGUGUGCUGAAUUGCCAUACAUUUUAUGUGCCGUUUCAAAAUAAAUGUUUGAGGGAGAACUUGCUUUAUCAA